AGUAUUGUUUUCACAUUUUAAUUUCUAUUAUAUUUGCCGUAGGUGCAACUAUCAAGGCGCCAGAUAUGCGUUCCUGUUUAUUUAUGUUGAGCGAUGAAUGUAAAUUGCGUGGUUUAACAUUACACUGUGCGUUGGUGAACACUGUCAUAUUAAUGCGAACUGGAAAACUACAAGUCAUCAACUGUACACUACUCGAUGACUCCAGCAACUCACAGAGUGACUUCGCUCAAGGUAUUGUCGCGAUGGCGGGUGCCAAAGUUCUUGUAGAAAAUUGCACUUUUGACAAUUUCUAUUCGGGUAUUGUGGUACAUAAGGGUGCACAAGUUGAACUUCGAAAUUGUGUAAUGAAAAACUGUGGCGUCGGCAUACAGAUGUACAUAGGGUCCCAAGUCUCUGUAUACUCCAGCACAAUUGUAGACUGCUCCGAGCAAUGUAUAAGAUGCGAAGUUGUUACCAAAACCAACGAUUAUCACCCAAUGGAGGGUCUACUAAUAUCGGAAGACAGCAAAGUGGGAUUGGGGAAAGACACGGAUAUUUUUGUAGUUGAACAAAAUAUUAACUUGAUUUAAUGAUAAUUCUAUAAUAGUACUAAAUGAGAUAAAAAUAAUUAUACACGAAUAUGUACGUCGGGUUACUUUUAAAAAAUAUCAGAAUGCAAUCAAUUUUUAACUCAAGAGUUAGCAGCUUAAGACUUAAAAUCGAUUGACGAAAUUCGGUAGUAACCUCACGUGCUCUCAAUUGUACCUUUUGUUAUCAAUAAUAUGUUUAUUGAUAAACAACGUCUUCAAAUAAGUAGACUAUAUUUAUCUACACUUGUUGAUAGGAUAUGAUUUAGAGUUGUUUAGGGUCGUUCUAGGCAAAUCUGAUGGAAGAUCCGUCGGAAGUAUGCGUUAGUAAUCGACGGAUCAACCGUCGAGUGUGCAAGGUUGAAUGUCGUAUAUUUGUAAGUUCUUAUGUUCCGUGACCGACGCGACGCAACUUCUGUCAGAUGGUGCAUAUCUGACAGAAGUUGCGUCGCAUCGGUCACGGAACAUCAGAAAUUACAUUAAGAAAUGGCAUAUAUUAGUAAUUUUACCACCUAACUCAAAUCUAAAACCAAAACUCGUGUUGAUUAUUAAUU